UUUUUUUUUUUUUUUGAAAAAGGGAAAUAGGCAAAAGCGACUUCGCAUGGAAGGACUCUGAUCUUUUUGAAGCUGCUUCAUAAAGAAGGGAAACAAGUAGUUGUUCGCCAAGUUUGGGCAAGCAACCUAAAGUCCGAGUUUUUCCAUAUCCAGAAAGUAAUUCGUCAAUACCCUUUUGUUUCUAUGGACACUGAAUUCCCUGGCACCAUCUUCCAGUCAACUCUCAACAAGCAUCUUCUCUGCUAUGCUCCAGAUUAUACCUACUAUCUCAUGAAGCUCAAUGUUGAUAUGCUUAAAAUUAUACAGCUUGGUCUCACAUUUUCAGAUUUAGAAGGAAAUCUUCCCACUCUUGGAACUGAAUACUGCUACUGUUGGCAGUUCAACUUUAGGGAUUUCGAUCUCCAGAGUGAUCCCCAUAAUGUUGAGUCCAUUCGCUUACUUGAAAAACAAGGAACUAAUUUCAAGAUGCAUAGAGAAAAGGGUAUUGAUUCUAGGGAUUUUGCCAAGUUGGUUCUUAGUUCUGGCCUUAUUUUCAACUAUUCCUUCACUUGGAUUACUUUCCAUGGUGCUUAUGAUUUGGCUUUCUUCAUUAAGAUUUUAACACAACAAGAGUUGCCCCGUGAUCUUCAAUCUUUUAUGGGGCUAAUGAAGUUCUACUUGGGAGUUGCAGUUUAUGACAUUAAAUAUAUAACUUCUGUUCAUGGCUUGCACGGUGGAUUGGAAAGGGUAUCUAAGUUACUGGGUGUUAACCGAAUUGCUGGAAAUAGUCACCAAGCUGGACCUGACAGCUUGUUAACUCUACAAACUCUUAUUGAAUUCAAGAACAUUCAUCGCAAAAAAUUGAAUGAGAAUUUCAGUGGCUUUGAGGGAAUGUUAUCUGGACUCUGUGGUGGAGAACGGCUGCUCUACAAACCUGACUUCAUGGAUCCUUUCAAUUGGCAGAGAAAGAAUGUCAUGUGCAGUACCUGAUUGUUUUAUUGAGUGUGAAGAAUCAUCGGCUAGAAAAUUAUAAGCAACUGAGUUUUUUUGGAGUUUUUGUUUCUUUUGAUUAUUGUAUUGGUUGAACACAAUUUUUUUUUUGCUAGAUUGUAAACAAUGUAUGUUAAGAUUAUCUUAA